GUCACGUGAUUUGUUUUCCUUUUUUAAAACGUGUGGCUUCGUUGUGCAUCUUGCCGCGAUAUUUCAUCUUUGAGAAGUCGACACUAAGGAGUAGUAGCAUCAGGAGCGUCAACAGCAGUUUGCUGACUUAUGUAUUUACAGACUUUACACCGCCUGAGUCUGGUUGUGUUAAUCCGGGAGGAGAAGCGAACAACUCGGGUGGCAGUUUAUCCGCCUCCAGCUGUCGAGCGUUCAUUUUCUAAGAAGUUAUCCCUGGUUAAAUUAGCAAGCUUUUGUGACACGAAAUAGGUCACACAGCUUCUUGUUGACAGCAGAGUCCGGUUUCUUUCCUCCUCCGCCGCCUCAUCCAGCGGGUCCGCAACGGUUGACAAUGGUUUUACUGAAAAACCUCCGUCCUCCCACCGAAGGAGUGCGGCAUGAGCAAGCCGAGACCACAGCGGUGAUGGACGGCCAGAAGCUCGGCUGCGGCACGCUGUACGUCGCUGAAACGCGCCUGUCCUGGUUUGAUGGGUCGGGGAUGGGUUUCUCUCUGGAGUAUCCCACGAUCGGCCUGCAUGCCAUCUCCAGAGACGUCAGUGCUUACCCGCAGGAGCACCUGUACAUCAUGGUCAACGGCAAACUCACGGGUGAGAAUGAGGCAGAAAUGGCAGAGAAAGCAGCUGAUGAUGAAGACGAGGACGACAGCAGCAGUGGCGGUGGUGAUGAUGAUGAAGAAGGAGUGAUCACAGAGAUUCGGUUUGUGCCAAGCGACAAAGUGGCAUUGGAGCCCAUGUUCUCAGCAAUGUGUGAGUGCCAGGCGCUGCACCCUGACCCAGAGGACGACGACUCCGACAACGACUUUGAGGGAGAAGAGUACGACGUGGAGGAGGCUGAAGCAGAACACGGCCACGCUGACAUCCCGACCUUCUACACGUGUGAUGAGGGUCUGUCGGCACUCACACAAGAGGGCCAGGCCACUCUGGAGAGGCUGGAGGGGAUGUUAGCCCAGUCAGUCGCUCAGCAGUACAACAUGGCCGGGGUCCGAACUGAACAAAGCAACGCUGAAUUUGAAGAUGGUAUGGAGGUGGAUGCAGCAGCGUUGGAGGCCGGUCAGUUUGAGGACGCAGACGUUGAGCACUGAAGUCAUAUCAGCGGCCAAUCAAAGCACCAUCAUGGGAUUGAAAAAGAGGACAGCAGCACUUAUUUGAGGCUUUCAGCUCUUACUCAUACUCUCUUGUCAAAUAAACUGUUUCCCAUGUACUUUCACUGCUUUUGUAGCUUCCUAUGUUUUCUCCUGUGUGCUGCAUUGGAGGUCAUAAGUUGCAUUGUGUUCUUGGUUUUCUGCUCACCUUCAUCUCGACUAAUUUGUCCAAGUCAUAUGAAUAAAGUAAAGCUGUAUGCAGUGACUGUAGAUUAUUGAGGUGCAACCCCAAAUGUGCACAUCCUUUUGUUGACUGUAACAAAAAAGGAAAAAAAAAAUCUCUUUUGUACCUAACGACCAAUUUAAUAUCUGAUUUUCCUGCAGAGGAGAGUAAAUGUCUUUGUAUUAAAAUGUCAAUAAAUGCAGGUUUUUGUAUGAAAAAUGUA